AUGGAUUGGCAAGCGUUGCCCUUUCCCGAUCGAACAGUUUCUAUAGCUGUUACGACCGACCAUGCGGUUUUUGAGGAUGUACUUUGUCCGCAUCAGAACGCCCUCCAGAAUCUGAUAAAUGAUGGAGUGGAAUCAAAGACUAGUCUCGGAAAGUCAUGCUACCACACUCAGAGAGAAGCGUACGGAAUUGACACUCCUGUUCGAUUAUAUCAUUGGGCGUUUGUUGCGCAACCCGACCGCAAUGAUCGUCUACUAGAGAAAGCCUUUGUACGGAAUAACUUGCGGGAGACAUUGGCAUAUCAUGAUGGCGCAUUCGAACAUUGUUGUCGCAAGCAAGCUCUUGGGUCAAUCUGCAGUUAUUCAAUUCAGCUACUUGAUUAUCACGUCAAACCUCCGCGCAACUCUUCUAUGGCUGAACUUUGGGAGUUCAUCUUCAACGUCGGUAUGGGGGCGUGUUUCUGCGGAGCAGUAGGCGUAUGCGCCGGACUUUGA